CCCGGUGCGCACACUCAGUCCGGCCCUGCCGCUGCACCUCCCACCUAGGUCCUCCGGCCCUAGCGGGAGUGCUAGCGGGGGAAACGGAGGCAGAGGGCGUGCUUAGUUCGUUCCUUCCUCAGUCCACGCCCCCAGAGCCCGCAAAGCUAUCUUGCCCUCCAGAGACCUGCAUGGAAUAGCAGGGAAGGACGGGAGGAAGCGGAGGGGGCCAAAAGCAAGCAGGGUCUGAGAAGUCGGCCGGUCCUGCCACACUCAAGAUGGCGGCGCGGCAGCGGCAAGGUCCCUCAGAGGCGGUACUGGCGCAUGCGCAGCGCGGAGUCCCGGCCCGGGACACAAGAUGGCGGGAGCGGCGCUGGGGAGGGCGAGGCGGAGGCGGCAAAACGGGAGGUCGAGCAGAACGUGUAGUCGCGUCCCCUCGAGUCCGCUCCGGGCAGUUGCUGAUGCGAGGAAUUCCGUGGGCCCCCGUCCACUCCACUGCUGACCAGCCCACGCACCUGUGCUGAGUCUUCCUGCAGGGCUCCCCCCGCCUCUGUGGGACCCUCUGACGUGGGGGUCCAUCUGGUUGGAGAAGAAAACCCUCUCAUGCUAGCAUUGCAGACCCCAGAGGGUGAGAAAAAGAGGGACCUUGUUCAGCCUUGAGACCUGUGGGCUCAGCCCCAAGGCUUCGGGAAGCUCUCCUCCUCAGAGAAUCAAGCCCCCCCCACCCCCCUUGGUCCGGUGUGGGUGUGGAGAUGGCCAAUGAGAAUCACGGCAGCCCCCGGGAGGAAGCGUCCCUGCUGAGUCACUCCCCGGGCACCUCCAAUCAGAGCCAGCCCUGUUCUCCAAAGCCCAUCCGCCUGGUGCAGGACCUCCCAGAGGAGCUGGUGCACGCGGGCUGGGAGAAGUGCUGGAGCAGGAGGGAGAACCGUCCCUACUACUUCAACCGAUUUACCAACCAGUCCCUGUGGGAGAUGCCUGUGCUGGGCCAGCACGAUGUGAUUUCGGACCCGUUGGGGCUGAAUGCGACCCCACUGCCCCAAGACUCCAGCUUGGUGGAAACCCCCCCGGCUGAUAACAAGCCCCGAAAGCGGCAGCUCUCCGACGAGCAGCCAAGCGGCAAUGGCGUGAAGAAGCCCAAGAUCGAAAUCCCUGUGACACCCACAGGCCCAUCCGUGCCUAGCUCCCCCAGUAUUCCAGGAACCCCAACACUGAAGAUGUGGGGGACAUCGCCUGAAGAUAAACAGCAGUCGGCUCUCCUCCGACCCACCGAGGUGUACUGGGAUCUGGACAUCCAGACCAACGCGGUCAUCAAGCACCGGGGGCCUUCGGAGGUGCUGCCCCCGCACCCCGAGGUGGAGCUGCUGCGCUCCCAGCUCAUCCUCAAGCUUCGGCAGCACUACCGGGAGUUGUGCCAGCAGCGAGAGGGCAUCGAGCCCCCUCGAGAAUCCUUCAACCGCUGGAUGUUGGAGCGCAAGGUUGUGGACAAAGGCUCUGACCCCCUGUUGCCAAGCAACUGUGAACCGGUCGUGUCACCCUCCAUGUUUCGUGAAAUCAUGAAUGACAUUCCCAUUAGGUUAUCCCGAAUCAAGUUCCGGGAGGAAGCCAAGCGCCUGCUCUUUAAAUAUGCAGAGGCUGCCCGGCGGCUCAUCGAAUCCAGGAGUGCGUCCCCCGAUAGCAGGAAGGUGGUCAAAUGGAACGUGGAGGACACCUUCAGCUGGCUGCGGAAGGACCACUCCGCCUCCAAGGAGGACUACAUGGACCGCCUGGAGCAUCUGCGGAGGCAGUGUGGCCCCCACGUCUCGGCUGCGGCCAAGGACUCUGUGGAGGGCAUCUGCAGUAAGAUCUACCACAUCUCCCUGGAGUAUGUCAAACGGAUCCGAGAGAAGCACCUGGCCAUCCUUAAGGAAAACAACAUCCCAGCUGGGGGCUUGUGUCCUUACAAGCACGGUGACACAGGCCACCAGUUCUUGCCCCUGCCAAGAACUUCAUUAUCAGACCAUCUGAGCUGCGUUCUGCUCCUCCAUGGGAUGAGACUUACCUCCCUUGGUUACUGGGAGGAGGUGGAGGCCCCAGAAGUGGAGCCCCGCCUGGUGUACUGUUACCCGGUCCGGCUGGCCGUGUCUGCGCCCCCCAUGCCCAGCGUGGAGAUGCAUAUGGAGAAUAACGUGGUCUGCAUCCGGUAUAAGGGAGAGAUGGUCAAGGUCAGCCGCAACUACUUCAGCAAGCUGUGGCUGCUUUACCGCUACAGCUGCAUUGAUGACUCUGCCUUUGAGAGAUUCCUGCCCCGAGUCUGGUGUCUUCUCCGACGGUACCAGAUGAUGUUUGGCGUGGGCCUCUACGAGGGGACAGGCCUGCAGGGAUCACUGCCCGUGCACGUCUUUGAGGCCCUCCAUCGACUCUUCAGCGUCAGCUUUGAGUGCUUUGCCUCGCCCCUCAACUGCUACUUCCGCCAGUACUGCUCUGCCUUCCCAGACACAGAUGGCUACUUCGGCUCCCGCGGGCCCUGCCUGGAUUUUUCCCCGCUGAGUGGUUCCUUUGAGGCCAACCCUCCGUUCUGCGAGGAACUCAUGGAUGCCAUGGUCUCUCACUUUGAGAAACUGCUCGAGAGCUCCCCAGAGCCCCUGUCUUUCAUCGUGUUCAUCCCCGAGUGGCGGGAGCCCCCCACGCCGGCGCUCACCCGCAUGGAGCAGAGCCGCUUCAAACGCCACCAGCUGGUCCUGCCUGCCUUUGAGCACGAGUACCGCAGUGGCUCCCAGCAUGUCUGCAAGAAGGAGGAAAUGCACUACAAGGCCGUCCACAACACCGCCGUGCUCUUCCUACAGAAUGACCCUGGCUUUGCCAAGUGGGGGCCGACGCCUGAGCGGCUGCAGGAGCUGAGCACCGCCUACCGGCAGUCAGGCCGCAGCCACGGCUCUAGCUCCUCGUCGUCUUCCUCCGAAAACAAGGACCGGGACUCUGGCCGCGAGCAGGGCCCCAGCCGCGAGCCUCACCCCACUUAACACACCUGCGGGGAGGAGGAGCCCCAGGGUGCUGGUACGGACUGUUAGGACUCUUGGGGCUGAGCAGACCCCAGGACCCUCCCCCUGAGGUGGCAGCAGGGCUCAGGCUGCCAGUGACAUAGGAAGAUUAUGACUCUGCCAGGGCUCCCCCUCCCUGCCCGAUCUCCCAACUCACCUCCAACUUGCUCCAGCUCCCCUGUAAAUAGGCUCCAUCCCCUGCCUUCCUCCCCACCCCCCCCAGCCCUACCAUCUUAUUGCCUCCUUGUUUCAUUUGUAAAAGGAAAUACAGAAACCCCCCUAAGAA